CAAACAGGCAGCUAUUGCGCAGUGAGCGUCAAGCUGUCGCCAAUGGCCGUCUUUGUUACUACAGCCUGAAAACAUGUUGUUCUGCUGAUGUGUUUUAUCCUAAAGAAAAUGAAAGUUUCAUUAAAAGAAUAAUUCACCGACGGAAUAUGCAAGCAAGAAAGUGAAGCAUGAACUGCAAGCUGCCUUCCAUUCUGAUACGGGAUAGUUCCCUGAGCUCCUGGGAGGUGAUCGGCAGUGGAGGCUUCGGGCAGAUCUACCGCACUAAACAUGAACGCUGGGGCAUGGACGUAGCCAUCAAGGUCCUACACCAUUCUGAUGGCUCUGAGUGUUCCCCGCUCCUCAACGAAGCUGAGCUGAUGCGUCAGGGCAGUAGCCCCUUUGUGCUGCGAAUCCUGGGGGUAUACAGCGGCCACCCCGCCACUAGGGACAGGGACAGGGACAGGGACCAGGGCUGGCCCCCUUACUCCUCCAGCCCACAGCUGGGUCUCGUGAUGGAGUACAUGGAGAGGGGCUCCCUGGCCGGGCUACAGGAGGCCCUGGAGGGACCCCCGCCUUGGCCCCUGGCCUUCCGCUUUGCCCACCAGGUGGCGCUAGGCAUGAAUUUCCUGCACUGCAUGAUGCCUCCUCUGUUGCAUCUUGACCUGAAGCCAAGCAACGUGCUGCUGGACAGUGACCUCAACGCCAAGUUGACAGACUUUGGCUUGGCCAGGCUAGCCCUCAGCAUAUCCAAAAAACACAAGGACUCCGAAAGUGAGACGGGAGGGACGAUAAGCUACAUGCCACCUGAAGCGUUUCAUCUGUCCUACAAACCCACUCCUGCAUCUGAUGUGUACAGCUAUGGCGUGCUGCUGUGGUCCAUCUUCACGGGGAAGGAGCCUUACCCCUACGCUAACUCCAGCCUGGUGCGGUUCCGGAUCCCCCUGGGCGACCGACCUGAGCUCCAGGCCCUGGACAUGGGCUGUGUGGAGGGACUGGGGGACAUGGCCAAGCUGAUGGAGAAAUGCUGGGCCAAAGACCUGGCUGACAGACCUUCCUUUGAGGAAUGCCACCCGGUGACCAAGAGGCUGUAUGACCUGCACAAGAGGGGGAUCAGUGACGCGGUCUAUCUUGUUCAGAAGAAGCUGGAUUCUGAUGCUGAGACGUCUUUCAGAAACUCCCACAGUGAAACAGUGAUAGCUCCCCCUGUUCCCCUACAUGCAUCCAUUCCAGUGAGCAGAGAAAGAACACCUCAACAGGAAACUGGUGGUCAAAACCCUCAACUCAAAUCAAAGACUGCAGAUUCUAUUGAAAGGCAUCCGCAUCAGCCAAUAAAAUCCCACACUCCAGCUGCUCCUGAGCCAAUCACAGCCAAUCCUGAGCGUCAGAGGCCGCCCUACGUGGUGACCAUGUCCAAUCAAAAAUCAUCAAAGAAGGCUGCUCCUACUCCUUCUAUCCUACAUUAUAUGCGCCAGAGUUCAACUCCUGUGUCCACCUCCGGAUAUGUUAGCAUCUGUGGCACAGACUUGUCCUUUGUGCAGAUUGGCAACAACAACAGCAUGCAUGUCAGCUCGAGCCCGAGGAGGCCGCGCCACCGCAACCCCACAGCGCCCUCUAGAGUUGGCAUGCCGGCAGCACAGGCAGACCACCGCACAGCCGAGGAAGUACACCUAUGGGACACAUACCACCAUCAGGGCCGCUGACAGCUUUGCUCGGGCCCUGGACAAAGUCAUCUGAAGGGCCCCCUAAUCCAAUACAUCCAAUGUAUUGAGAAUCCAAAUAUGGGGCCCCCAUGGGCCACCCCUUUGUCCCCCCUUGUUGGCUUCCUUGCCACCAUUAAUAUAGAACUGCGGAAGACAGAUAUUUCGGUCAGUUGAUAUACAGUAGGCCUAUAUUGGGAUAUAUCUUUUGACCAAUAUACAAAUACACUUACCGAUAUAUCAGGCAUAUCUGUGGAGCAACAGAGUAAAUCGGUUAGCCGAUAUGUUGGACUGAACAAUAUACAGUAUAGGAUAUAGUAUCCAUUCACUGAUAUUUCAGAUGCUGCAUAUAAUCAAGAUGUCUUGUCAUUAGACCAAUAUAGUACACUACUGUGUAUUGGUCCAUCAAUAUAAAUUGGUCCCUAUAAUAAGGUGGCAUUUUUAUUUUAAGUCUGAUGACCGUGCAAGGUUAAACUGCAGCUGAAUGCAGAACUUUAUUGAUUUCUUUAAGCGGCACUGAUCUCAGGUCUACAUGUGAAGUUGUUAAUGCAUUUCCAUGCAUAGUAGAAGAUUAUGACUGCUAUGACUUUUACACAUUUAUAUCGACUGAUGGCACUGUUGAGUGAAAUCAAGAAAGUGUGUUUUUGCCGUCUGGAGUUGGUAGCUUGUGUCAACCCCCAAAAUGAAUGGCUGAAAGUGAUGAAACCUAAUAUAUUGCUUGAUCUCUGAAGUGAAGUCCGUAUACGACUGUAUGUAAAAACAAGCUGAAAUGGUGAUUUGUUUCAUUUUCUACAUUCUUUUCAUGUUCUCAAAUUCUUGUCAGUAUUGUAAUGAAAACAAUAUUUUUCUGAA